AAGGGUCUGUUCUUCUGCUGCAGAUUAGCAGGUACUGAUGGAUGUUUCCAACAGCCCUGAGCGAAAUCCCUGCUCUCCGGAGGAGGAGAACCGGCAGCUUUCCGAUGAUGAGAUCCUGAAGGAGAGUGGCUCAGAUCGAGAUCUCGAUGGAGAGGGUGGACAAGGCAGCAUCUUGGAGGAUGAAGAAGAGGAGGUUGCAGCCAGGGCACUGAGUCACAGCAAAGAGAAUCACUCAGAUGAGGAGGAUCGUUUAAGCGAAACCAAGUCUCAGGACUCUGACAAUAAUGAGCAGAGGAGGGAGCUAAAGAACUCCCCGUGUCGCAAGGGGGAGGAGGAAGAUGGGACAAAUGACCUUGGAGACGAAGCAUCCUCUGUCACUCGGGAACUGGAUGAACACGAACUGGACUAUGAUGAGGAGGUUCCCGAAGAGCCAAGUGCUGCAGCCGCAGAGGAAGAUGCAGAAAAGGCUGGGGCUGAAGAGGAAGAGGAGGAAGAGAAGGGGGAUGAUGCCCCUGAGGACGAGAAGAAAUCCAGCACCAAAAGCGACGAUGAAAAGGAUGGUCAGGAUCCUGUCAAGGAGAAGAAGAAAGAGGAAGAUGAUGGAGAGAUUGAUGAUGGAGAGAUUGAUGAUGAUGAUCUGGAGGAAGGCGAAGUUAAAGAUCCCAAUGAUAGAAAAGUGAGGCCACGUCCCACCUGCCGGUUCUUUAUGAAAGGUCACUGCACUUGGGGAAUGAACUGUAGGUUUAUCCAUCCUGGUGUGAAUGACAAAGGGAACUACUCCUUGAUCUCCAAACCAGACCCCUUCUCCCCCAACGGCGCACCUCCCAUCGGCCCUCACCCACUGAUGCCGGCCAACCCUUGGGGUGGGCCAGUAGCAGAUGAAAUUUUACCUCCACCCCCUCCAGACCCUCCAACAGAAAGUGCCUGGGAAAGAGGGCUCCGGCAUGCUAAAGAGGUGUUAAAAAAGGCAACUAUGAGAAAAGAACAGGAGCCAGAUUUUGAGGAGAAGCGGUUUACAGUGACCAUUGGAGAGGAUGAGCGGGAAUUCGACAAGGAGAAUGAAUUUUUCCGGGACUGGAACUAUCGCAUCACAAGAGACGUCCGAGAUCCAGCGGAGGCGGACAUCAAAGAAAACAUUAACUAUGGGCUUGAUCCCUAUACAGAUCCGUAUUACGAUUAUGAUAUAGAACGGUUCUGGCGUGGUGGGCAAUAUGAGAACUUCAGGGUUCAGUAUACAGACCCCGACCCAUAUCGUAACUACAGAGAAAGAGAGCGAGAGCGGGAAAGGGAAAGAGAGAACAGACAGCGCGAGCGUGAGCGGGAACGGGAGCGCGAGCGGGAGAGGGAGCGACGGCAGCGGGAGCGAGAAAGGGAGCGCGAGCGGGAGCGCGACAAGGAGCGCCAGCGGAGGAAAGACGAGUGGGAACGUGAGAGGGAGCGCAUCAAGAGGGACGAGAAAGACAGGCAGCAUCGAGACCGCGACCGGGACCGGGACAGAGAGAGGGAGCGGGAGAAGGAGAAAGAAAAACCCAAACCUCGGUCACCGCAGCUACCAAGCCGUCAACCAGAGCCACCAAAGAAGGAGAAGGAGACAACCACCACGCCCUCCACUCAGUCAAAGAGAGCAGAUGAAUGGAAGGAUCCCUGGCGCCGAUCCAAGUCCCCCAAGAAGAAACUUGGCAUGUCCGUCUCUCCCAGCCGCGCGCGCCGACGCCGGAAAACCUCUGCGUCGUCUGCCUCUGGUUCUGGUUCCUCAAGGUCGUCUUCUCGCUCUUCGUCCUAUUCUGGUUCAGGUUCCUCGCGCUCCCGUUCCAGAUCUUCUUCCUACAGCUCCUAUUCUAGUCGCUCUUCAAGACACAGUUCUUUCUCAGGCAGCAGAUCCAGGUCGCGGUCCUUCUCAUCUUCACCUUCUCCUUCCCCGACACCAUCUCCGCACAAAGCGCCUGUGAAAGUUAAAGGGGAACCUGCACUGCCUGUUGGAAAAGGUGAGAAGUCUGUGAAGAAACUAGCUUCUUUGCCAGCCCCUCAGCCACUGACUAAAAUUACAGCAGCUGCCCCAGAGCCAGCCAAGCCAGGGGAUAAUAGAGAGGCCAGGAGGAAGGAGCGUCAGACGAGGACUCCGCCCCGGAGGCGGACUGUAAGUGGCAGCAUUAGUGGCAGCGCCAGCAGCUACAGUGGCUCCAGCUCCCGCUCUAGGUCCUUGUCUCGGUCUCUCUCCAGAUCUCAUUCCCGAUCAACAUCUGCCUCAGUUUCCCCCUCCCGAUCUGGGUCCAGAAAAUCCAGGUCCCUGAGUGUGAGCAGCGUCUCCUCCGUCUCUAGUGCCUCGUCCAGUAGCAGUUCCGUGCGCAGUGCUGACUCGGAAGACAUGUAUGCUGACUUGGCCAGUCCAGUCUCCUCCGCCAGCUCCCGGUCCCUAACCCCAGCGCAGCAGAAGAAAGGUAGAGGAAAAACAAAGAAGGAAGAUAGCGCCAAGGAAGAGAAACGGAAACGGGAGACGCCUGCCCAGGCCCUGAAGUCAGCCAAGCCUGCGCCUGGGAGCAAAUCCCAGCAGCUGCUCCCAUCCCAGCAGCCCGCAGCACCCCAGGCUCAGCAGGGCGGCUUCAGUGCCCACAAGGAGAUCAAGCUGACACUGUUAAACAAAGCAGCUGAUAAAGGCAGCAGGAAGAGAUAUGAGCCAGCAGACAAGGACCGGCAAGCCUCUCCGCCAGCCAAGCGAGCCAACCUGUCACCUGACAGAGGUGCUCGUGAUAGGAAACCUGCCGGGAGGCUCUCCUCACCCAAGCAAGAGCGCCAGAGAGGUCAGAACCCCAAGCCCACCCCUGCACAGGCUGACAGGAAACGCCAGCUUUCGCCCCAAUCCAAGAGCUCCAGCAAAGUCACGAGCGUCCCAGGCAAGGCGUCUGAGCCGGGCGCGCCAGCCGCCGGCGCCAAGGCAGGCAAGUCCAGCACGCUGUCGCGGCGGGAGGAGCUCCUGAAGCAGCUGAAAGCGGUGGAAGACGCCAUUGCUCGCAAAAGGGCCAAAAUCCCCGGGAAAGUAUAGUUGGGCGCGGCCGCAGUCCCACCUCGGCCUGGCCUAGCAACUCUGAGCUGUUUUUAUACGUAGCGCAAUGCGGCCACUGGAUUUGGCGGUUCUGUCUGAUGAUUUUUUUUUUUUUAUUUUGGCCACGGUUCUUUUAAAACAAAAAUUACCAAGUUUGGCAGCAGCAAACACGCAAAUGAUGCGACUCACCCUGGCUCCUACCCUAGGGCCAUGCGGCGGGGGCCGCCAGCCCCGCAAGACAGACCGAGCCGGCACCACGACGGAGGCCCAGCCACCCCACCAGGUUUUCCAUGUAAAUUAUGCACAGAGGACUCCAGAUUGCAGCCCUGUUGGAUACAUUCACUACUUUCCUCUCUCUCUCUCUUUCUCUCUCUUUCUCUCUGCCCCCCCCCAGCCCAUUUCUUUCUGCCUUCUCCUCUUUGCUAGCCAUGAGUUGUAUUCUUCUAGUUAGCCUUGCUGUGUGGUUGAGUGUCUUCAGCAAUGCAGUUCUAUAUACUGUGUAACGAGAACCGAAAACUGCUGUGAACUACUGGCGACAUCAUCUUCUCUUCCUGCCCCCCACCGCCGCCCCCCCCUCCCUCCAGCCCUCUCCCAGGAGCAAGACAAAUAUAUAUAUAUUCUUGACGAAAGUCUGAUUGGGAAAUACGACCUGUCUUUUAUUUUAAGCAUCAGAUUGUUUUAGUUGAUUUAAAAAAAAAAC